GUUAUUUUUUAAAUCCCAAUCUUAAUAAACAACUCUAGUUCUCUCGCAGUUGAACAAAGGGCAAACAGCAAAAGGGUUUGAGCGAUCUACACAGUAGAAGAAAGAAGAGAAUUGAGUGAAUUCGAAAAUGGUGGGAACAAACUUGAAGGCAGAAACUUCGUCUUUAAUGGACAAACGGAGUUUGUUAGAGUCUGAAAUGAACUCCAUCAUCGCCCGUCUUUCUCAACCCGGCGCCCCCGGUCUCUCCGGCAACCUCCUUGAUUCUGAGGGUUUUCCUCGUUCUGAUAUCGAUGUUCCAGUUGUUAGAGCAGAACGACGUCGCCUUGCAGAGCUGCGUAAUGAUUACACGGAGAUAACAAAAAAGAUUGAUCAAAAUGUACAAAUUUUGCUUUCACCAAGACUAGGAAAGAAUAUAUCAGGCAUACAUACCUCAUCAACUGUAGAAGCUGUUGCAUCAACACCAUCACAGAAUGUCCCUUUGAGUCCUUCCUCCAACUCAAUGGCUGUGGAUGUCUUGGUUAGUCGACCCUUUGCAGUGGUUGACGAGAUAUCAGAUGCAUCACCAGCAGUAGAGGAUGGUUUACAACUUGGAGAUCAAAUUUUGAAAUUUGGCAAUGUUGAAGUGGGUGAAAAUUUGCUCCCGAGGUUGGCUUCUGAGUCCCAGUCAAACAUGGGUCAAGCAGUACCUGUUAUCAUCAUGAGGCAAGGCACAGUGAUCAACUUAACUAUCACACCUAGAACUUGGCCAGGCAGAGGUUUACUGGGAUGUCAUUUUCGGAUCUUGUAGAUGUUCAUCUUUGGUGACAGUUUGCCUCUUCUGCAGACUCAUGCAAAGUUUCCUACUUUUGAAACUUGUCUCUGCACGACUUUGUUUGAUUAUGUAAUAGAUAGUAACAACCGACUUUUGAUUUUGGUGGUGAACUAACCCAGUUAAGUGAUAUAUAGCCUAUUUAGUUUCUUUUUA